AUGGGGCAAUGGCGGUUGGAUCUUGGGUUGAUGGUUUUAUACCAACUCACACUUUUCUUCUCGGCUCAAAUGCUUUUUGUCAUUUUUCUCGAAUACAUGCCAUCCACAUAUUGUGAUGCAAGUUAGUCUUUUUUUUGAAGAGGGUUCAGCGAUCAAAAUGUUACCCUAAACAAACACGUGUUUGUUGAGUGACAAUAAAUGAUCUAUGCUCUAACUUUUUUCUAGAUAAUCAUUGUCACAAGUUGCGAAGCAAAUGUUUGACCGAUUAUGAUCCAAAUCAACAAAGUCUCUGUCCACUCAACGCACCUCCAACAGAUCAAUGUGUUUUGGAAAAAAAGAAGAUCGAUUUCAUAUCUGCGCAAUAUGAAUAUCAACAAGAUUGCACAUCUCUCAGAUCUUUUUCAGCAUCGAGUGCAACAUUUUUGGGAACUUUGAUUGGAAAUAUUGUUCUUGGUUAUUUAUCAGAUCGACUUGGUCGAAAACCAGUUUAUAUUGCAUCAGUAAUCAUCGGAGUUCCAUCAAUAAUCUUCGGCGCUGCAAUCAAUCACAUAGUUCCAUAUUAUAUUUUCCGAUUUUGCAUCGGAUUUUCCAUUGCUGGAACUCUGACAGUUGGUUGGACAUAUGGCUCUGAAAUGGUCUCACCACGAAUGCGAUUCCGUUUGCGAACAUUUUCAAAUUGGGCAAACGCACGAAUGAUGCAAGUUGGAGUAGCUUAUUUGGCUGGCGAAUGGCGAUUGACAUCUUAUAUUUGUGCUGCCAUCUCGUUUUUGAUUCUACCGAUUAUGGCAAUUCUACCAGAAAGUCCGGUGUAUUUGGAGCAAAAGAGAAAAUAUGAACGAGCUGCUGUUGCGAGAAAAAGAAUUGCUGUCUUGACAGGAGAUCCGUACGAGGAAAGAACUUAUGCUGAUGAAAAACCAUUAAAGAAGAUCACUUUGAAAAUAAUGUUCCAAAGUCCGACGCUUCGCAAAAAUUUUGCUGUGUUAUGUUUAAUGUAAGUUUGGAGGAUAGUAGGGAGAAUGGAACUUGAAAGCUCAAAAAAUUUUCUGAUAAAAAGGUUCUAGAAGGUUUUUGAUUGAAUUCUAGAAGGUUUCCAAGUGAAGGCUCUUAAUUAUCACAAAUUUACUCUUAAAUCUCCGAAAAAUCCCUUUCCUAUUCUUGCGAAACCAAAAAACCUCAAUUUUUCAGGUGGUUUUACGUUGGAACUGUCAGUUUUAUCACCGAUCUCAAUGGCAGUGAUAUGUCAUCAAAUUUAUAUGUCGGACAAUUUUUCUCGGGUCUCAUUUUAUCGAUGGCUGGAAUUGUGAGUUCGGGAUCAGAGAACGAUUUCAGGAAAAAGGAACAGGUGUUGAGUGUCUGUUUGCAACAAACAUGUGCGAACUUUGAGAGAAAAGUGCAAUUGUUUGAAGUGGAAAGAAACACAUUUUGUACACUGAUCUAAACAUGUGAUUUUGGAAGAAAAAUGGGGGAAACCCAUGAGGUUUUGAUUGAUAUGACGUCACAAGGUAUCAGUAACACUCAAUACAGAUUUUGAAGUUUUCUAGCUAAAAACCAAAAAAAUGACUGAUUUUCUGAUGACGUGGUAACUCAAAGAACGUUUGGAUAUCUCGAACUAGACUUUUUUCGGUUGAAAGGAUUACAUAUUUUGAUUAAUGUUUAAAAAAAAUGCACUUUUCUGAUGACGUGGAAAUAUGAAACAACGGGAAAUUUUGAGAUUUUUUAUCAGAUGAAGUGAUUAUUUCCUCACAAACUUGAAGAAUUUUUUUUCGAUUUCUUUGAUUCAAACUUAAUUUCCAAAAACUGAAACCAAAUAUCCAUUUUCAGUUCAUCGGAACAGCCGAACCUUAUUUACCAUGGCUCGGAAGACGUACAGUAUUCCUCGUAGCUCAAUCAAUCGCAAUUGUCACUUAUAUUCUUAUUUUGAUCGCUUUAUAUACUGAUCAAAAACAAACCACUUGGUAUACAAUUUCUUAUAUGUGUGCCUAUGCAUUCCAAUCAAUUUGUCUCGAUUCUUGCUAUUUGUGUCUAGCCGAAUUGAUCCCAACUGAUUUGAGGAGUACUGUAGGAGCUAUUGCUAAUAAUUUGUUCAAAGUUGGAACUAUUCUUGCAUCACUUUCGGUAAGUUAACCAAGUUGAAAUUCAUUCCCACGUUCAGAAAAAAACAGUGAAAAAUCUCAUUUUCUUCAGAAACCUUUGAAAUACGCCUACGAGCCUGGACUUUUCUGGAUCAAUUUGAUUUUGUCAUCAAUUGGAAUUGUUGUCGUCUUUUUCUAUUUGCCAGAAUCAAGAAAUAUGAAUUUGCAGACAGUUGGACAAGAUGAGAUUCAAGAUAAAAAUGGAGACAUUGAUGAAAAAGAAGAAUUGACAAAUCAAAAAGAAAUUGAGCUCGAUAAGUUUGGAAAGUAGAUCUUUGUUAGAAAAAUUUAAUUAAUUUAUGUAUGACACUUUGAACUUUAUUUUUGUUUUUCAAAAAUAUAUUAUCACUUUAUUCAAACAGGAAUAUUAGGGGCGGUGUCCCUAAGCGAAACAGUCAGAAAAUCCUCAAAAAUUCUAAAUUUUGAAGAAACCCCUAUUUUUCGCAGCUAAGCUGACGUGAGAGAAAAUAUUUCUUUUAAAAAGUUACGUCUGGGAAUACGAAUUGUGAAGUUUAAUAAGUCAUAGAUUAUAAAAGAAAAAUCUAAAACAAACUGGAAAUCGCGUGCAUAAAACUAUGAAAAAAUUAAUCUACCUAUGAAAUAUUUCAUAGUUUGUUUUUCAAUAAAAUCUAUAGCUUCAAGUGUAAUUCAGAGCUUCAUCUAAUCAUUUAAACAUAGUAAUUUAUACACAACUUUCCUUUAACAUCAAUAGUAAUUAUGAAUAAAAAACUUUACCCAAUAUUUUUCAAUGAAGCUCAAACCUCACCUGUUAGUUUUGUGCCCCCCCCCCCCAAACCUCAAAAUAAACUAACUUGACUGGCCCGUUCCGUGAAAAGUUGUUGAUCUCUUCGAUCAUCCUGUCCAAACGAAACAUCUUGUUAUUCGGAAGCCUGAAACUUCGACAUUAUUUUUCUCAAAAUUUUCGCCUAUUCUUAAACUUACUUCAGAAAAUGAAAAUUGUGAAUUUCAUGGGACCGCUGCAUUCUGUGACUGUUGUCUCUGAAAAAUAAGAAAAUUAAAAAAUGUACCAAACACCCCAUUAAUAACUUUUUCUGCGCUGAAAAAAACCACUCAAAAACCAGAAAAAAGCAAAAAAUAAAAAUGUCGUGCAAAAAAAAAUAAAAGAAAAACAACGAUACUCCGCGUGCGCGUUGUUUAUACAUUUCAAGAAAAACAUUUUUGAAAUGAUUUUUUUUUAUUUUGCGAAAAAAAUGUUCACGUUAUUAUUUUAAGAAUAAAUAUUUAUUCGAAAAAAAUCACGCUAGAUUUAUUUUUUAUAGGUUGGACGCUCAUUUCUUGAACUACUUUAUUUGUAUUCGGUCUGUCGUUCAAUGUCAGCUCUCAAUUAAACGUAAGUGGGAGUUUAUUUUUCUUUCUAUGACCCAGAGAAAUUCCAGGUUGCUCGAGAAUUCCGAAUUGA